AUGCUCAAGAUCAUCGUCCUCCUCAGCGUCCAUCGAGACUCGGGGUUUCAACCUAAUGUCAUCCGAACCUUGGACAUUCCAAUGGCGAAAGAGAGCGUCGAAGUCCUUGAGUUCAUUGGAUUCAUGCCAGGUGCUGCAAGACUCAUCUAUGACAGAUAUCUCAACCGCCCUAAUCCGGACCAAAAUCCUGAUGAUCGCAUCGCCAUGUUACUCAAGUCGACAAUUGCACGCUCACCCGCACCCCACGGCCAUGGCCUAAAAUGGCCUUACUUGUGGCUAUUUCCGGCAGCUCAUGUGCCGUCUGCUGCUUUAAUUGAGUACUAUUAA